CGUCGCGAUGCCGCAGUCGUGUGCGUAGACGUGCAGAGUGCACGCACACACACACGGCAACGCGUUACCGCGACCGUCCACUCAGUCCACAUACAUAGCAACGCGUCGCACGCCCAACAGCGUGUCCCGCAAAGCACGUACGCACGCCGGCAUCAUUCAAUGCACACUGGCCAGCGGUCACGCACGCCAGCACACCCAGCAGUGUGCCAGCAGUGCCCAGCUAGCCUCGGCGAUGCCCGGCAGCACGCCCGAGCGCUCCGUCGUCCUAGUACGCGUAGCCCAUGCACCAGCCGCCUGUCCGUGAUGCGUAGUUGUGUCCGGCAGUAUAUAGAAAUUCCAAUCAUACAUCCAAACCGGAGACCAAAACCAGUAAGUGACCAUACCACGACGACCAGGACGACGAGACGAAGAGAUCGCCGUCGAGACCGCCGCCAGCCGACGCCGCACGCGCCGCCACACGCCGCCGGGAGGAACCUGCUGCUGGAACUUGUCGUCGCGCGUGAGAAGGCCGAUUUCAGAUCGGUCAAUGCCGUUGACUUCGCCGUGACGUCAGCUUUCUGGAUUGGUCAAGUUU